CCAUACCACAACUUUAUCAGCUGGCAGGAUAUGAGGGCUGGACAUUGUGUUGAGAGUUGGAAUAAAUCUCUUGCCCUUAAGAGUUUGAAUGUAGGGUCUAAAUUUCUUCACAUGAUCUCAAGACAAAAGAAAUACUUGGCUGGAAGCGUCAUUAGCUUUUCAACUCAACAUACAUCAAUUAGGCUUCACUGGUUGUUCAAGACGCAUCCAGAUCUUGCUAAAAAGGCAGAUCUUGGUAACUUAGCAUUUGGAACAAUUGACUCCUGGCUUAUCUGGAAACUAACAAAAGGUCAGCUUCAUGUGACAGAUUACUCCAAUGCAAGCGGUACAGGGAUGUUUGAUCCUUUUAUUAUGGAAUGGAGCUCAAUAAUGACAAGUCUUUUGAGUGUACCACUAUCAAUCUUUCCAAAAGUAGUUGAUACCAGCGGUCUCAUUUGUGAGAGUCAUAAGGCUAUCUUUGGUGCUCCAAUACCUGUACGGGCCUUGGUUGCAGACCAACAGGCCGCGGUGUUUGGACAGUGUUGUUUUGACGCAGGGGAUGUAAAUUGUACAAUGGGAACGGGAUCGUUUAUAGAUAUAAAUACAGGCCCGUAUCCGCAUGCGUCUGUGGCAGGACUUUAUCCAAUUGUCGGAUGGAAGAUAGGAGGGGAGACUGUUUAUCUAGCAGAGGGCAAUGCUGCAGGCUGUGGAACAGCCAUGGAAUGGGCCCACAACAUGGGCUUUUACGACGAUGUCUCGCAGACGAGCGACAUGGCUUUUUCUGUAGAAACUUCAGGUGGAGUUUACUUUGUUCCCGCUUUCAAUGGAUUACAAGCUCCAAUCAAUGACAACAAAGCUUGUGUUUCACUGAUGGGAAUAAAAUCCACCACUAACAAAGCUCACAUCAUGAGAGCUAUUUUGGAAUCUAUAGCCUUCAGGUUUACUCAGCUAUAUGAAACUGUGGUGGAAGAGACGCACAUUCCACUAAUGUCUUCAGUCAAAGUUGACGGCGGAAUUUCUAACAACGACUUUGUACUGGAAUUAAUGAGCAGUUUAACUUGCCAGACGAUAGACCGACCCUCUCAGACUGACAUGUCCACUUUAGGGGCAGCCUUCUUGGCUGGUCUCUCAGCUGGAGUUUGGAAAUCACGUGACGAGUUGAAAGCAAUCCGUUGUUCCCAGGCCCUCUUUCAACCGAAAGCUUCCAUCCGGGAUAAAUUCCUGAAGAAUUUUGACGAAUGGAAAGAAGCGCUGCACAGGAGUACGAAUUGGUACAAAUGGGAGUGAUUUUCUCUUGGUACAACAGAGAAUUUCGUUUUGUUUUAUUUCAUCGUAAAUAGCUUAUAGUAUUAAAACUGUUACUAUUUGCGGCUGAGUUACGCGGGUAGCUAUAGUGAAGCAUAUUAGGCUAUAUAAACUAUUUGACCCUUGAACUCUCAAAAGUGAUUAACAUGUUACUUCUCCCCAUAAUAUUCAUACAUUAUUCAGCAAACAGGUAGUGAGAAUACUCAAACUUAUAAAGUAGAAAAGUUGUUAUCUUGAUCUAGCACCAAAUUCUCGUGAC